CCACCUCCCGAUCUGCCGUACGAGCGAGCUUUGUCUCGAGCAACAACAACUUUUGAUUGUCAGAGCCCAGCUUCAGCCGAGCCGACAGUGCCGCCUCGCGGUCGCCCUUACAUCUUCCUUCACAACGAACAACCACAACCUCGCCAUGGCCACUCGAGGACCCCCGGGCGCUCGCGGAAUGAGCAACCGAUUUGCCCAGUUCAAGCUGGUGCUGCUAGGUGAAUCUGCCGUGGGAAAGAGCUCGAUCGUGCUGCGGUUUGUCAAGGAUCAAUUCGACUCAUACCGGGAAUCGACCAUCGGUGCCGCCUUCCUAACACAGACCAUCUCGCUCGACGAGAACACGACGGUCAAGUUUGAAAUUUGGGACACGGCGGGCCAGGAGCGGUACAAGUCGCUGGCGCCCAUGUACUACCGGAAUGCCAACUGCGCAGUUGUCGUCUACGACAUUACCCAAGCCACAUCACUCGACAAGGCCAAGUCAUGGGUCAAGGAGCUCCAGCGGCAGGCCAACGAGAACAUCAUCAUCGCGCUCGCCGGCAACAAGCUGGACCUGGUGACGGAGCAGCCCGACAAGCGAGCGAUCGAGACGGCCGACGCCGAGGCCUACGCCAAGGAGGCCGGGCUGCUCUUCUUUGAGACGUCGGCAAAGACGGCCGAGAACGUGCAAGAGCUGUUCACCGCCAUCGCCAAGAAGCUACCCCUCGACCAGGCCGGGCCGAGGCACGCCAGGCCUGGCCAGCGGCCCGGGGUCAGCUUAGCACCGGAGGGCGCAAACACGCAAGCCGGCGGGCCAUGCGCCUGCUGAGGGAGGAUAGGAUGCCGGGAUUGCGUAGGGACGGAGAUGCGGCUGCAGCAGGAGGGAGCCGCGGUCAUAGAGCAGGUCAUAGGACGUUACUUGGGUCACACAUCUGGGGCGGAGUCGCUGGGUGGAUGGUAUGGUGCCUUUUAAUACCUUAUUUUCCAUGGGUCAUGUUUGUUUUGGCACUGGCCAGGCCCCUUCUCAAGUGGGAGGGCAGGCCGGGCUCAGCAGGCGCUCUUGGUGUAUAGUAGGCAGAUAGAGCAACAGCCU